AUGGAAACACCAGAACCAAGCACUCAACCUAUUACCACUACUUCUUCUUUAUCACUCCUUAGACUCUGUAAAAAGACUAAUUCUCAUAAAAUAGAAAACCUUAUUGAGUACUCUCAUGUUCCUGAAGAUGCUCAAAUUUCUGAAACAAUACCUCCUCUAUUGAGUCCGUACAACAUCUUCAAAAGACAAAGAAGUGUUACCAGAUCCAUCCGAAAUCUUAUCUCUACCAAUCGCCCUCAUAUGAAAGAGUACGUCCAGUCAUCUAGACUAGACCAAUGCAGCCUAAGAGCUACAAACCAAGAGCAGUAUGUAGAUCUGGAGAUUCCCCAAUAUCUCAUAAACCACUGGAAAACUGAAGGAUAUACAACCUUACACUUCGGGGAUUUCAGACUCAUCCUUUCUCUUCAUGGAAGGAAGAACCAACCCGUCUUUUGCAAAAUAGCUCUUCUGGACUCCAGCUGCCUCCAUUAUGAAAAUGCUGUGAUAGGAACUGUUCUAACUACACUUCAUGCAGGAAGUGUCGUCCUCACCAUCUUCCCUAACUAUAAUGUGAGUCUUAAUGAGAACACCUUGUCCAUAAGACUGAAAGUACAGAUCCAAAUCACCAGAACUGACCAAGUGCCUGAAGCUAUGUCAGCUACCCUCCAUCACCAGAUAAUAUACCGCUUACAAAAUCACUCGAUAGAUCUUCCUAUCUCAGGAUGCUCUUCUGAUUCACUAUUGGUUGUCACCAAUAGAGAAGAAGACAUACCCUCCAUAGUCCAGAUUCCAAGAAAGAUCACAAGGGAAGAAUUAACUCAGCUAAUUCCCCUUGAAUGGAUAACCAACUAUGAGAGACUUCAUGUUGACAAAAGACCUAUCCAAUCUCAAGAGGCUACUUUCAGGAGAUCUGUUGACAAAACAGUCAAGACGAUCUUUAAGAAACCAGACGAAGGGUCGAGCUCAAUAUCUCCGAUCUUCCAGACAAUGAUGAUUCAACCAGUUCUCAAAGAAGAUUGGUGUCCCGUCUAUGAUGUUACAAUAGAGGGAAAACCUAUCUACACCGAUAAAAUAGAUGGCCACUUCAUUUGGGAUGUUGAUCCAACAAGAUGUGACCCAGAUUGUGACUGCUGGAUGCAUGAUGAUGAUAUUGACCGAGAUAUCAUUAUUCCUAAAACAAAGAAAAAGGGAAGGUGUAAACCCUCGCCACCUCCUCAAAGGAGAUCUGAUCCAGACAAUGGGCCAUGGGUAGGAAUCCAUGGAAAAAAGAAACCCCUCUGUAUCUACGAGGAAGGACUAAAAAUUCUCAGGAGAGAAGGAUUGUUACCACCUGAUGAUCCGAAUCUUAUUACAUGGUCACCAACAGACCAUUGUAAACCGUUACAUCCCCCAGCUGUUGCUCAACCAAUUCCUUGCUUUAUGUAUUCAACCACAACUUCAGAGUACAAACGACAAUUUCCGUCUUUGGAAAGAAAGAUGAAUCUAGUCACAGGCAGAACAUCCAAACCCUUCAUUCAUCCGAGUGAAGUCCAGCCCGAUGGGAAGCUUAAACCUUUAACUCAGGCUGAGGAAGUUCUGAAUUGGCAAUCUGAAAAUAUGGUUUCUCAAAAUAAAAUUCUUCAAAACCUUGACAAAAAGGUAGAUAAGAUCGCUGAAAAAAUAGACGAGACAGAUGAAGAUAUCAAGGUUUUAUCCCAAAAAAUGUAG